AUGCUAUCUAGUUGGUAUGCUACUGCUAUGAAAAGUUUGCCCAUAUUUACAAGUAAUCAAAAUGUUGAAAAUGAAAGUAAAGAUAUUGUAAUAUGUUAUAAUAAAAACUUUAUUGAUAUAUCACUUAAUAAUAAAUGGAAUAACAAUAAAGUUAAAAAUGCUGGUCUAUCCAAAAAUUUAGAUGUUAAGCACCUAUUCUUUCAGGAUUUUCAUAGAGCAUAUGCUAAUUAUUUAAAUUUAAAAGUUGCAAUACUUCAUAAAAAUAUAGAAUUUUAUAAUUCGAUUACUUACACUGUUCUUGAAAAUAAUCAAGAUUCAAUUCG